CAUGUUUCCUGUUGCAGGUGGAAUGAGACCCCCUCAAGCAGGCCUGAUUCCAAUGCAACAGCAAGGAUUUCCUAUGGUCUCUGUCAUGCAGCCCAAUAUGCAAGGGAUGAUGGGAAUGAACUACAGCUCUCAGAUGUCCCAAGGACCCAUUGCAAUGCAGGCAGGAAUACCAAUGGGGCCUAUGCCAGCAGCGGGUGUGCCUUUCCUGGGUCAGCCGCCUUUCCUGAGCAUGCGUCCUGCAGGCCCACAGUACACUCCAGACAUGCAGAAGCAGUUUGCAGAAGAGCAACAAAAACGAUUUGAACAGCAACAAAAGCUCUUAGAAGAAGAAAGAAAAAGACGUCAGUUUGAAGAGCAAAAACAAAAGCUCAGACUUCUCAGUAGCGUGAAGCCCAAGACAGGAGAGAAGAACAGAGAUGAUGCUUUGGAAGCCAUAAAAGGAAAUUUGGAUGGGUUUUCCAGAGAUGCUAAGAUGCACCCCACUCCGGCAUCACACCCAAAGAAACCAGACUGCCCCACAUCUCAUUCUACUAAAACUGUCUCCCCAUCAUCUGCCUUUCUUGGCGAAGACGAAUUCAGUGGCUUUAUGCAGGGGCCUGUUGAGCUUCCCACUUGCGGGCCUCCUUCCACAGCCCGGCCCUUUCAGUCUUUCCUCCCCAGCACCCCACUCGGCCAGUUACACACACAGAAGGCUGGGGCACAGCCUCUACCUCCAGCUCAGGCUCCAGUGUCUUUUGCCUUACAUGGUGUCCAUGGGCAAAUUCAUUAUUUAUCUGCUGCCUCAGCUUCCCACAGUGUGCAGAAAGCAGGCCCUUCCUUGGAAGAGAAGCUCCUAGUGUCUUGUGAUAUAAGUGCAUCUGGGCAGGAACACAUUAAAUUAGAUACUCCUGAAGCUGGGCACAAAGCCGUAGUCCCAGGUUCCAGUAAGAAGUGCCCCGGUUUAAUGGCCCAUAACGGGGGUGCUGUAGAUGGAUGUGUGAGUGGUCCCACCACUGCAGAGGCAGAAAGGACUUCAGAUCAAACCCUGUCAAAGGAAGAGAGUGGUGUGGGCAUGUUUCCCUCUCAGGAUCCUGUUCAGCCCAGAAUGCCUCCUUGGAUUUACAAUGAGAGUUUGGUUCCAGAUGCCUAUAAGAAAAUUUUAGAAACCACAAUGACUCCAACUGGAAUAGAUACUGGUAAACUUUAUCCCAUUCUGAUGUCAUCUGGACUUCCCAGGGAAACUCUCGGACAGAUAUGGGCCUUAGCUAAUCGAACUACACCUGGCAAGCUCACUAAGGAGGAGCUUUAUACCGUUCUCGCCAUGGUAGCAGUAACUCAGAGGGGUGUUCCUGCCAUGAGCCCUGAUGCUUUGAACCAGUUCCCAGCAGCUCCCAUUCCUACCCUAAGCGGCUUUCCUAUGACUCUGCCUACCCCAGUGAGCCAGCCAACGGCGAUGCCCUCGGGCCCUGCAGGCUCCAUGCCCCUCACCCUCGGACAGCCCAUCAUGGGCAUUAACCUUGUUGGACCAGUGGGUGGAGCUGCAGCACCACCUUCCAGUGGCUUCAUGCCAGCCUACCCCUCAAACCAGGUGGGAAAGACAGAAGAAGAUGACUUCCAGGAUUUUCAAGAUGCUUCGAAGUCAGGAUCCAUCGAUGAUUCUUUCACUGACUUCCAAGAGGUGUCUGCUUCCUCAAAAACCAGUAAUUCCCAGCAUGGAAACAGUGCUCCCCUUCCUUGCAGUGCUCCAUCACUCUUGAUCCCACUUCCUGGAACUAAAGCCUCCACAGAUAAAUAUGCAGUGUUUAAAGGGAUUUCCGCUGACAAGCCCUCUGAAAACCCUGCUUCAUUUGGAGAGUCUGGUGAUAAAUACAGUGCUUUCAGGGAACUCGAGCAAACAACAGACAGUAAGCCUUUAGGAGAGAGCUUUGCGGAGUUCAGACCCACAGGAACCGAUGACGGCUUCACUGACUUCAAGACCGCCGAUAGUGUGUCACCCCUAGAGCCACCGACAAAAGACACUUUUCCAUCAGCUUUUACCUCAGGAGCUGCACAGCAGGCACAGACACAGGUGAAAACCCCUCUGAACUUAGAAGACCUAGAUAUGUUCUCCUCAGCAGAUUGCAGUGUCGAGAAACCUGUGCCCUUUUCAGCUGCAUUUAGCACGUCAAAGUCAGUCUGCACGAGACCUCAGCCAGCAGGUUCUGCAGCAGCCUCAGCAGCACUGGCAUCCGCUAAAACUUCUAGUUUGGCAGAUGAUUUUGGAGACUUCAACCUCUUUGGGGAAUAUUCAAACCCUGCAUCUGUUGGGGAGCAGGACGACUUUGCAGAUUUCAUGGCUUUUGGUAACAGCUCCAUUUCAUCUGAGCCAAAAGCAGAUGACAAGUACGAAGCCCUCAGGGAGGAGGUGAGUCCCGGCCCCUCGUCCAGCAGCACUGUGGAGAGUGCACAGAACCCACCUGCUGCGGCAACCAAGUACGAUGUCUUCAAGCAGCUUUCCCUAGAGGGAGCUGGACUGGCCAUGGACGAGUUCAAAGAGAACACUCCUUCCACAAAGAGUGACGAUGACUUUGCCGACUUCCACUCCAGUAAAUUUUCAUCCACGAGCUCAGACAAAUCCCUGGGAGAAAAAGCAGUGGCUUUCAGACAUGCCAAAGAAGACUCCGCCUCUGUGAAGUCUUUAGACCUCCCCUCCAUCGGUGGCAGCAGUGUUGGCAAGGAGGACUCUGAAGAUGCGCUUUCUGUUCAGUUUGACAUGAAAUUGGCUGAUGUGGGAGGAGAUCUUAAGCAUGUCAUGUCUGAUAGCUCUUUGGAUUUACCAACAGUUAGUGGCCAACAUCCUCCUGCCGCAGGAUCGGCCUUGGCCAGUGAGGACGCUCUUCCAGAGACUCCCUUCCCAGCUUUUGCCAGCUUUAAAGACAUGAUGCCUCAGACCACUGAACAGAAAGAGUAUGAAAGCGGGGACUUCCAGGAUUUUACAAGGCAGGACAUAUCCAUGGUGGACCGGAGCCAAGAGACCACAUGUCCAAGCCCAGCUUCCAGUGUGGCCUCACACGAAACCUCCAAGGAGGGUGCAGACGACUUUGGAGAAUUUCAAAGUGAAAAGCCCAAAAUCAGCAAGUUUGACUUCUUAGUAGCUAAUUCACAGAGCAAAAUGAAGUCCAGUGAAGAAAUGAUCAAAAGUGAGCUGGCAACCUUUGACCUUUCUGUUCAAGGAUCACACAAGAGGAGCUUGAGCCUUGGGGACAAAGAAAUAAGCCGGUCUUCUCCUUCCCCGGCCCUGGAGCAGCCCUUCAGAGACCGGUCCAACACUCUGAGUGAGAGGGCAGCGCUGCCCGUCAUCCGAGACAAGUACAAGGAUCUGACCGGCGAAGUGGAGGAAAAUGAGAGAUACGCAUAUGAGUGGCAGAGAUGCCUGGGGAGCGCCCUGGAUGUCAUUAAGAAGGCAAACGACACCUUAAAUGGCAUUAGCAGCAGUGCUGUGUGCACAGAAGUUAUCCAGUCAGCCCAAGGCAUGGAGUAUCUUCUAGGCGUGGUGGAAGUGUACCGAGUAACCAAGCGUGUGGAGCUGGGGAUCAAAGCCACUGCUGUGUGCAGUGAGAAACUCCAGCAGUUGCUGAAGGACAUUGAUAGAGUGUGGAACAACCUAAUCGGCUUCAUGUCGCUUGCCACGCUCACACCAGAUGAGAAUUCACUGGAUUUUUCCUCCUGUAUGUUACGGCCUGGGAUCAAAAACGCCCAGGAGCUGGCUUGUGGAGUGUGUCUCUUAAAUGUGGACUCCAGGAGCCGGAAAGAAGAGCCGCCUGCAGAAGAACAGCCUAAAAAAGCAUUCAACUCGGAGACAGACAGUUUCAAGCUGGCCUAUGGAGGACACCAGUACCACGCCAGCUGUGCCAACUUCUGGAUCAACUGUGUUGAACCCAAGCCUCCCGGCCUUCUCUUACCGGAUCUGCUCUGAAAAGCUGCUCAAUGAAGCUGAUUUUUGCUUGUUUCUGUCACAGGACUUAGGGUGUCAGGGAUCAAUAAAUAGAAUGCAAGUACUGCAAAGUCCCCUCCACCGGUCUCUUUGAAGCAUUCCCCAGGAGGUUAGGGUCCUACUAGAGAACCUUCUGUCACUACUUCUGCCUGCCCCUCUUUGAGACUUAAGAUAAAUUGCUAGACCCAAACUGCACGUGGCACUGGAUACUUGCUUGCUUAUCUCCUCUGGUUUUGUUGUUGUUGUUCGAUGGUGACUGGGUUUGAUUUUCUUUUUUAUGGAUAGGGCCUUCCUUGAUGCAUACCCCUGGCUGACCUUGAAUUUGCAUAGAUCCUCCCAUGUCUGCCUCCCCAGUGCUGGAUGACAGGCUUGUGCCACCAUACCCUGUUUCUCUUGUCCUCUUUAGAUAAUUUCAAAUGCAGACCAGAGUUUUCUGUGAGGAGUAAUCUACUGCUGAAGUGUAUGUGAAACAUUAACAAGAGAAGAAAAACAAGUUAUGCUAGGACCGGAGUCCGCAAGUUUGUCUCCAGCCAGCACUCGCUUAUAUCUCCAACAUUAUGGCUGGCCCUAGGAAGCAGAACACAUUUUUCUGCAUUUAGCUUUUAAGUACUUGAAGUGAAUAAAAAAGGCUUGUGAUUAAACUGAUGCUCUGUCCUGGUAAAGAGAACACUGCUGUCUCCAUGGGACAGCGACAGGCAAGGAGGACACAUAUUCACCUCCUGUAGCACCUCACCCUCUUCCCCUUCCUGAAACUCAGCUCUGAAGGAAGCCCUCCCUGCUUUGACAGAGCCCAGAGCCUGUGUCCAGGAUGCACAUCCUUCUCCUUGAGCCUUUAUUGAGAAGCUUCUGUUUUACCUCAACAUCAAGCAUGACACAAAGCAUGGUGUUUUCCCACCACAUAACAGCCAUGGACUGAAAUCUCUUUGUAGCGACCUCUUUCCACAUUCCCAAAGAAGACUGCUUAGGAGCCAUCAAUGCUGGACUUGGCAGUACUUCAGGAGAGAUCUGAGAACGAACUCAGGGUGAGAGGGAGUUCUAGGCCCCGUGCAGUGGUUCUCAACCUUCCUAAUGCUGGGACGCUUUAAUAGAAUUCCUCGUGUUGUGGUGACCCCCCAGCCAUAAAUUAUUUUUGUUUCUACUUCAUAACUGCAAUUUUGCUAGUGUUAUGAAUCAGAGUGUAAAUAUCUGUGUUUUUCAAUGGUCUUAGGUGAGCCCUGUGCAAGGGUCACUUUAACACCCUCCACAGGGGUCAUUACUACCCAUAAGUUGAGAACCACUGGCCUAGUGAGAGGAAUAGUAAGGUAGGAGUGUGUGUGUGUGUGUGUGUGUGUGUGUGUGUGUGUGUGUGUGUACCUCAGAUGCAGCAGAGGAAAUAGGUUAUCAACAGCACUGAAUUUUCAAAGGAAAAGGUUCACACUGGUACAGGAAUUUGACAGAUAAACAAAAUGCAUAAAACCAAGAGAACGGAAGCGUAAGUGGUUAAAAGGGGUUGUUCCCAGGAGAAGCCAGGGAGUCUGGGACAGCUGUUCCUCUGGUGUGUCGGUCUGGGCUUUGGGAAACUCUCUGGAUCUCACACGCUUCUCUUGUCUGAUGUAGUUUUUAUUUGGAAGUCUAAGACGUUGGCUUUUGUCUGUCUCACUCCUGCUUUUGCAUAGUUCACACCUCCCCUUCCAGGACAAAACCUGACGAGCCUCUUGCUGUUCCAUCUUGUACCUUUGUAUUUUCCCCAAGACACGGGUCAUUUUCAGCUGUUGAUGCAGCUUCUCCUCGGCCUUUCUGUGGACCAGAAGGCAAGGUGAAGAGCUGAAGAGCCUGUUUACUCAUCUGUUCCCAGUGACAUCAUCUCCAGCUCCUGACAUUCAGAAAGCUGUCUGCAUUGUGACUACAUGGCCUUCCCCUCCCCAGGGCUGGUGGAGUGUGGAGGCUCCACACUCAGAGUAGGCUGCUUUUCAGCGCACUCUUGUAAUGGCCCCUCUAGUGUCUCUUCACGCCCCAGAGUAACAAGUAGGCCCUCCAGUCUGUACUCUAGAUUAUUAGUAAUGGGAUUGACCUUAGCAUUACAGAUGCUCCCAUUUUUGCCACAUUUACACCACUGGGGCAUUUUCUGGCAAUGCUGUGUGAAGUAUUUUCUGCACAGUGGCCUGUAUCCAUGACAUCUGUUAAGUACCUGUUAGCUAGAUGGUCUCCACUCCUAGAUGUAUUCCAGAAUGCCUCAGUUUAAAUUCCUUACCAUAGGGUUAGUCACUCCUUGGGAGGUGCCAGAGGAAAAUUUAGUGGGCGUAGGCAAAAAGCCUUUACCAUGAAAAUUAUUGACUGUUUAAUGCUUCAAAGGCUUAGUUAGAAUCCUCCAGCAGGGGUUAGAGGGAGUGUGCAAUAUUAGCCGGCUGAUUUUCUUUGUACGCAUGUAUUAAAAUGACUCAUGUUGCAUUCAGCUUUACCUCAGCUCUUGUUAGCCAAGAGCCUGGUCCGUGUCCUUGGAAACAGUAACCAAGGUUACUCUUCUCCACGCUCUGCAUUGUGUCGGGCAGCUUCACCCACAGCUUGAAUAGCGACUAAUAAGCACUUGGGUUUGGGUGCCGUGCCUUGCCUUUUCUGUCCUAUGGUUGAUGUAUGACCUGUGUGGACAUGCUUGAGGCAGAAGGACCUCAAGGUGCGCAUGAAUCUCAUCUGAGCUUCCUCCGUCUGAGCCUACUAGUUUGCAUACCAUCUGGGAUACACAUUUUAAAUUAGUAUUUUGUAUUGCUAUAUGUAUUUUAGGUGUUUAGGUGUUUUGCUUUUGGUUUUUAUUUUUGGUCUUAUACCCUGUUUUUCUAUUUAUGUGUCAUCAAAAAGAUUUCUCAAACAGAGAUUGGAAAUGCUUUGCACUGGAAUCUGCUCUAAGGCUUCUAAAUACCUUCAAGGUCAAACACCCUUUAACGGGUAACAAAUGGACUCUUGAUAUUUUCAGACAUUUGUCCUGAAGGAGCCAUUGAUGCCUGCUGUAGACAUCCCAACAGAUGCCAGAAUGCAGGUCAAAAUGUGUGCAGCCUGUGGUUUGUCUAGAUUGGGUACCACUUCUGUGCGAAGGGCACACCAAAUAAUUUUGAAAAGCCCCCUCCUUUCCAAGUCCAGUCAAGAAAUAGAGCUUAUGUGAAACAGCUCAGUUUAAAAGACAAAAAAGAACUUUACAAAUACUUUAACAAAGUAUCAUUACGGUAAAUUCUUACUUAGUUCCAUUCUUUAUAUGGUGAACAUAGUGCAAGUGGCUUCUAAACAGGUCACCUGUGACCUCUCAUGUCGUAGCUGUAGCCCAGCUAAUCCGAUGAAUGUCGCAAGCCCACCAUGAGACGGCUGUCUUGGGUGUGCAAUGUGGAACAUGGUCCUGUAUGUUAAAAGAUGGUGUGUAGCUUUUCCCUUGUGUACACUCUAAUAAACAACUACUCCAACUGCUGUGUUUA